AUGGCAUCGAGCAAUCUCGAAGCUGCCGAGGCACAAUGGCGGGAACAGUUCGCCGCCAUGCGGGCAGCAUUGGCCGACCUCAAGCUCCCCCAAGCUUCGAAAGAGCUCGACGACGACUGGGAAGAUGACGAGUUUGAGGCCUGCUGCUCGGACGGCAGAGGGCAGGAUGUCUGGGACUUCAUAUCCGACGACGAAGAAGCCGACUCCAGCAGCAGCGACGUUGCGUUGGAGGAUGCAUCCGCCGCAGCUUCACAUGCCGCCUACGGCGCCGAAUGGUUUGCCGACAUGUGCUCCGAUGUCGCCGCCGCCGGCUUCCUCUCGCCAGGCGACCUCCAGAUUCAGGUUCUGGAGGCGCUCGCUUCCGGCGGCCCCGAGGAGGAGCUGCAGGCCAGCCUCACCGACCUGAUUGGAUUCGACGGUCUCGAUUUCAUCAUCGAGCUGCUCGCCCACAGGGACCAAGUUGUCUCCGCCGUCUCCGCCAAGAACCGGGAACAAGUCACUGGCCGGAGGCUCUUGAGCAAGUCGGAGCGGGCAGAGGCUCUCCGACGCCAGGACCUGGAGCACAAGUCGGCCACGCUUGCGCCAAGCUACUCCAAGGAACCGCAGUACCCCCAUGUCUACAAGGCAUACCAUGCCGGCAACACGCUGAGCACGUCGGGGAAAAAGUACGGUCUUCCCAUGGGCAGCGAACACCUGCAGUUUGAAAAGUACGAAGAGUAUUCCAUCCCGGCCGGCCGAAAGGGGACCGUCGGCCCCGGCGAGAAGCUCGUCGGCAUCGCAGACCUCGACGGCCUCUGCCGAAAUACCUUCAAGGGUUACAAAACUCUCAACAGGAUGCAGAGUCUUGUAUUCCCGGUUGCCUACAAGACCAAGGAGAACAUGCUCAUCUGUGCCCCGACCGGUGCGGGCAAAACCGAUGCGGCCAUGCUCACCAUACUGCACUCGAUUGGGCAGCAUAUUCACCCCAACCCGAUGGACGACACGGAAGCGACCGAGUUCGCCGUCAACGCGGACGACUUCAAGAUUGUCUACGUCGCCCCGAUGAAGGCCCUCGCCGCCGAGGUAACGGAAAAGCUGGGCAAACGGCUUGCCUGGCUUGGCAUCAAGUGCCGCGAGUACACGGGAGACAUGCAGCUGACAAAGGCGGAAAUCGUUCAGACGCAAAUCAUCGUCACGACGCCGGAGAAGUGGGAUGUCGUGACCCGGAAGGGCACCGGCGACACGGAGCUCGUCCAAAAGGUCCGCCUCCUCAUCAUUGACGAAGUUCAUAUGCUUCACGACGAGCGAGGUGCCGUGCUCGAAUCCCUCGUCGCUCGCACCGAGCGCCAGGUCGAGAGCACUCAGUCGUUGAUCCGCAUCGUCGGCCUCAGCGCCACCCUUCCCAACUACAUCGAUGUCGCCGACUUUCUCAAGGUCAACAGGUAUGCCGGCCUGUUCUACUUUGACGCCUCCUUCCGACCCGUACCCCUCGAGCAGCACUUUAUCGGCGUCAAGGGAAAGGCCGGCUCGAAACAGUCGAGGGAAAACCUGGACAACGUCGCGUUCGAGAAGGUCAAGGGUGUUCUCGAGCAAGACCAGCAAGCCAUGGUCUUUGUCCACUCCCGCAAGGACACCAUGUCCUGUGCCACCAUGCUUCACCAGAAGGCCAUGGAGCACAUGUGCGCCGACCUCUUCGACCCGAGCUAUCAUCCUCGGUACGAACAAGCGUCGCGAGACAUGAAGUCGUCUCGCUCCAAGGAUAUACGUGAGCUGCUCUCCAAAGGCAUAGGUAUCCACCACGCAGGCAUGGCCAGGACCGAUAGAAACCUCAUGGAACGCCUGUUUGGCCAGGGCGUCCUCAAGGUUCUUUGCUGCACCGCCACCCUCGCCUGGGGUAUCAACCUUCCCGCCGCCGCCGUCAUCAUCAAGGGGACCCAGGUGUACAGUGCCCAGGACGGCAAGUUUGUUGAUCUCGGCAUCCUCGAUGUCCUGCAGAUCUUCGGUCGUGCCGGCCGUCCCCAGUUCGAGGACACGGGCGUGGGAAUGAUCUGCACCACCCAAGACAGGCUUCACCACUACCUCACGGCCGUCACCGAGCAGUUGCCCAUCGAGUCGAGGUUCUCCUCCAAGCUGGUGGACAACCUCAACGCCGAGAUUGCCCUGGGCACCGUCACGUCCAUCCAGGAUGCCGUCCAGUGGAUCGGCUACUCCUAUCUGUUUGUUCGCAUGCAGAAAAGCCCGACAUCGUACGGGAUUGAUUGGUCGGAGAUACGCGAUGACCCGAGCCUGGUGCAGAGGCGACGGCAGUUGGCCAUGCAGGCGGCCCGGACCUUGCAGCAGUGCCAGAUGAUCAUCUUCAACGAGAGGACCGAGGAACUUCGCAGCAAGGACAUAGGACGCAUAGCCAGCCAGUACUACAUCCUCCACACGAGCAUCCAAGUCUUCAACGCCAUGAUGCAGCCUCAAGCGACCGAGGCCGAUAUCUUGAAAAUGAUCAGUAUGAGCGGCGAGUUUGACAACAUCCAGUCUCGGGAUAACGAGGCCAACGAGUUGAUCCAUCUCAAGAACGACGUCGUUCCUUGCGAUGUCGCCGAAGGCAUUGACACGCCUCAGGCGAAGACCAACAUCCUGCUGCAGUCCUACAUUUCUCGCCAGCAGCCGCAGGAUUUCGCCCUGUCGAACGACAUGAACUACGUCGCCCAGCAGUCGAGUCGCAUUUGCCGCGCGCUUUUCAUGCUUGCCCUGAACCGCAAAUGGGGCCAUCAGUGCCUCGUCCUCCUCACCCUCUCCAAGUCGAUCGAGAAAAGGAUCUGGCCGUUCCAGCACCCCCUGCAUCAGUUCGAUCUCCCGAAGCCCGUCCUCAACCAGCUCGAUGCCAAGGAGCACCUGACGAUCGAGGCCAUGAAGGAGAUGGAGCCCGCCGAGAUUGGCGCCCUCGUCCACAAUCACAGCGCUGGCAAGAAUAUUGCGAGGAUCUUGAACCACUUCCCGACCGUCCAGGUCGAGGCCGAAAUCGCGCCGCUGAACCGAGACGUCUUGCGUGUCAAGCUCCAUAUCCUGCCGGACUUUGCGUGGAAAGACGCCUUCCAUGGGACGUCCGAGUCGUUCUACAUCUGGGUCGAAAACUCGGACACGUCCGAGAUCUAUCAUCACGAGUACUUUAUUCUCAACAGGAGAAAACUCCACGACGACCACGAGCUCAACUUCACCAUACCACUAGCCGACCCCCUGCCGACGCAGAUCUACGUCCGAGCCGUAUCGGACAGAUGGCUCGGCGCCGAGACCGUCACGCCCGUCUCCUUUCAGCAUCUCAUUCGCCCCGACACGGAGAGCGUCUACACGGAGCUGCUGAACCUGCAGCCGCUGCCCGUGACGGUACUCCAGAACCCUGGUCUCGAGGAGAUUUACAGCCAGCGAUUCCGCUUCUUCAACCCUAUGCAGACGCAGAUCUUCCACACGCUGUACCAUACGUCCGCCAAUGUCUUGUUGGGAUCGCCGACGGGGAGCGGAAAGACGGUGGCGGCCGAGCUGGCCAUGUGGUGGGCUUUCCGGGAGCGGCCAAAGUCCAAAGUCGUGUACAUUGCACCCAUGAAGGCCCUCGUUCGCGAGCGCGUCAAGGAUUGGGGGGCCCGGCUGGCGCGCCCGCUGGGUCUGAAACUUGUCGAACUUACCGGUGACAACACCCCGGACACGAGGACGAUCCAGGGUGCCGACAUUAUCGUCACCACGCCUGAGAAGUGGGACGGCAUCUCGCGUUCAUGGCAGACUAGAGGCUACGUUCGACAGGUUAGCCUCGUGAUCAUCGACGAGAUUCACCUCCUGGCCGGUGACCGCGGUCCCAUUCUCGAAAUCAUUGUUUCCCGCAUGAACUACAUCGCUUCCACGACCGAAAACGCAGUCCGGCUGCUCGGAAUGUCGACGGCCUGCGCCAACGCCAGCGAUCUUGGAAACUGGCUCGGCGUCAAGGAGGGUCUCUUCAACUUCAAGCAUUCGGUCCGGCCCGUGCCCUUGGAGCUGUACAUCGACGGGUUCCCCGACAUAAGGGGCUUUUGCCCGCUCAUGCAAUCCAUGAACCGACCGACAUUUCUCGCCAUCAAGAACCACAGUCCGGACAAGCCGGUGAUUGUCUUCGUCGCUUCGCGACGGCAGACACGCCUCACGGCCAAGGACCUCAUCAACUUCUGCGGCAUGGAGGACAACCCGCGGCGCUUUCUCCGGAUGGACGAAGAGGACCUCCAGCUCAACUUGUCGAGGGUGAAGGAUGAUGCGCUCAAGGAGGCCAUCAACUUCGGAAUCGGUCUCCACCACGCCGGCCUCGUCGAGUCCGACCGGCAGCUCGCCGAGGAGUUGUUCCUGCACAACAAGAUCCAGGUCCUCGUGGCAACCAGCACCCUGGCGUGGGGAGUCAACUUGCCGGCUCACCUGGUCGUCGUCAAGGGUACGCAGUUCUACGAUGCCAAGGUGGAAGGCUACAAGGACAUGGACUUGACCGACGUGCUGCAAAUGCUCGGCAGGGCGGGUCGUCCGCAGUUUGACAACUCAGGCGUCGCUCGCAUUUUCACCAAGGACUCCAAGAAGGACUUUUACAAGCACUUUCUUCACACUGGUUUCCCCGUUGAGUCCUCUCUCCACACCGUUCUUGACAACCACUUGGGGGCCGAAAUCUCGGCCGAGACGAUCCUCAGCAAGCAGGAUGCCUUGGACUACCUGACGUGGACCUUUUUCUUCCGACGCCUCCACAAGAACCCGUCGUACUACGGCCUCGAACUGUCGGCCGAGGAGCACAGCACCAUGGCCGCGCAGCAACUGGCCAACGAGUACAUGGUCGAGAUGGUCAGCAAGUCGCUCGACGAGCUCGCCGCGUCAAAGUGCGUCGAGUUGUUCCCCAACGGCGAUGUCGAUCCGACGCCGCUCGGCAAGAUCAUGAGCUACUACUACCUAUCUCACCUGACCAUCCGUCACCUCGUGCGCCACGCCAAGGCGCAAGCAUCCUUCCUCGAUGUCCUCUCCUGGAUGUGCCGAGCGACGGAGUACGACGAGCUCCCGGUCCGCCACAACGAGGACCUCGUCAACGACACGCUGUCGUCCAACCUGCCCUUCCCCGGCCACGCGUUCGGUCUCCCGAUGUGGGAUCCCCACGUCAAGGCCUUCCUGCUUCUCCAGGCGCACAUGUCGCGCAUCGACCUCCCCAUCACGGACUACGUCGGCGACCAGACCAGCGUUCUCGAUCAGGCCAUUCGAAUCAUCCAGGCCGGCAUCGACGUCCUCGCCGAGCUGGGUCACCUAUCGAGCUGCCUCCAGAUGAUGAAGCUCAUGCAGUGCAUCAAAUGCGCGCGCUGGCCGACGGAUCCUCCUGUCUCGAUCCUUCCCGGACUCGGGCAGGCAGCGCCGGCAAAGGACGAUGACCCUACGCUCGCCAGCAUUAGCACCUUGACGGCGCAGCAGGUAAACCAGCUCGCAAGGCGACUCGACGUGCCCUCAAGCCAGCAGUCCCGGUUCGCGCGCGCCGUCUCCUUCCUGCCCAACGUCUCCGUAUCUGUCGGAGACACGACGGUCACGUCAGUAACCGUGAAGCUCGAGCGCCGCAAUCCGCUCGUCGACCGGGACGCUCGCAUCUUCGCGCCCCGGUUCCCCAAGCCCCAAACUGAGGGCUGGUUCGUCGUCAUCGCCGACGCGGCGCGCGACGAGGUCGUUGCUGUCAAGCGGGUUGGCUGGUCGCUGGCCGGUGGCAAGGGCGGCGGUCGGGCUGUCCCGCUGUCGGCCAGGACGACCAUCAAGCUGCCCGAGCCGACCCCGGGACAGGGACGGAAGCUGGACGUCGUGGUCGUCAGCGACGCCUACGUGGGGCUGGAGUACCGCGUUAUGGGUGUAGAUCUACCCUCGCCACCCGCCGUGAUGGACGACGUGAGCGCCAAGAUGACACACAGGGCGAGCUGA